AUAUCAUGUAUAAAAUCUAUUGCAAGAUGGUCAGCUGUAGACUAACGCAUAUCCGUGCAUGACGAACUCAAAAAGACAAGAAAAAAAGACUUGAAGUAGUGAUUACAGAAAGAUUAGCAUGACCUUGCUGUAGGUGGUGUGUGUAUAUAUAUUUCCUCUCCAAGCUGUAUUCUCAUAACAUCUUCGGAACCUCUACAAAGCACCAUGAAGAUCGCCGUCUUAUCCUGCCUGGUGGCCGCCGUCUGCUGUGCCCCUCAGUUCCAGAGACCCAGCCUUCAGGAUCGGGAUUUCAUCGCUAUCCUCAGCGACGAGCGGCAGGAUCAGGGUGACGGGUCCUUCGCCUACGUCUUCGAGGCGGCAAACGGGAUCAGGGAGAAUCGCGUAGGAAGCGUAGGAUCCAAAGGGCAGAGCAACAUGCAAGGGACUUAUCUGUUCCCUCUCCCCGACGGUACCUUCGCCGAGGUUCGCUACGUCGCCGACGAGUUCGGAUUCCGCGCCGAAU